AUGGAUAACAACAACACCAUGGAUCUCUCCCAGAUUCCGGCACUUCAACCACCGACAGGGACUGUGUCUAAUUUCAUAGAUCCGACUAACCGCGGGCCUACAUAUGUUGCCGUUGCAUCUAUUUUUCUCGGUCUGGCAACGGUAUUUGUGGGGGUGAGGCUCUGGGCUCGUUGUAUUAUACAACGAUCUCCGUGGUGGGAUGAUUUGGUUUGCGUCAUAGCGCUGCUAUGUCAAGGAGCCUACUGUGGCCUGAAUAUGUGGCUAUGCCUUCAUGGGGUUGGUAAGCAUAUGUGGGACGUUAGAGCAUUGGAGUUUCCCCCGCUGAUAGAUCCGGCUAGAGCUAUGGCUGAUGUGACGGAGCUCUCUAUUGGUUUUACCAAACUGGCAUUACUGAUGUUCUAUUAUAAACUCUUUUGGCCAAAUGUGGCCACGAGAAUUGGCAGCAUUGUUGGCAUGGCACUGAUCGUACCCCUUUACGCCAUUCUCUUUUUUUGUUUCGUCUUCCUCGACACAGCGCAAACGGUACCCCUUAACAAGGGAAUGGCGAUACUCAAUGUCUUGUCUGACUUCUAUAUUCUAAUCUUACCUAUUACAUCUGUCAUGCAGCUGCAUCUAGAAAGGAAGAAAAGACUCGGACUCGCCGCUCUAUUCUCUACUGGUUUAUUUGCCUGCAUUAUGAGCAUAGUAGGAGCCGUUUAUCGCUUUAGAUUCGCGGAGGAUGGCGUUGAUUUCACCUGGGGUCUGCUCAACGUGAUUUUGGUCAAUACUAUAGAAUGUUCCAUCGGGAUCAUGUGUGCAUGUCUUCCUCUCUUUCCUGCUGUGUUCGGGAAUCCUUUGCUCACAAUGCAAUGGAUCACAACUUUGCGCUCGUUACGCAACCGGCUUAUUAGCUCUGGAUCGAACCGAAGCAGGCCUUCAGUCAAUGGGUACUCGCGCUCAAAGAGCAAUGGCGAAGGCGAUUGUUUCGAGAUGAAACCUAAAAACGGGCCCGUAGAUGGAAAAUUACAUUCGGCCUCAAUAACUGCAACACAGACACCAGCCAGCAGUGCCGGCUCAAGAGGUGGCAUCGAAGUCCGCAAAGACUUCAGCGUCAACUCUGUAGAUAGGAUGGCUUAA